UAGGAAUUGUUGUUGUAUUUCCCAAUUAGAGAUUCGAGAAAAAAGCUGAAUAAAGAGCGAGAAGUUGCUUCAACAUGAAACAACGGAUACCCACAAAAGACUAACAUCACAUUCUCAAGCAACCACCAAUAUAUACCAAUAUCAAUAUUAACUUCACUACGCAACAAUAUAAUACUAGCUAGCACCUUAAUUAUUGUUACACGAGAGAAACAGAGAUACCAUGGAGGGAUUUGUAGCUCAAAAUCUUUGCAAUGGGAACAGAGAAGUGAGGAUUCAGGCUGCCACUCAACUUGGAAAACUUAAUGCUAAGCAAAGGCAUAAGCUGGCUGAACGAGGAGUCAUUGCUCCUUUGAUUUCAAUGCUUCAGUCUCAAGAUUAUGAAGCCAUUGAAGCUGCCCUCUUUGCUUUGCUCAGCCUUGCCUUUGGCAAUGAAAGAAACAAGAUCCGAAUCGUGAAAUUGGGGUUGAUACCAGCGCUGCUAGAGCUCCUCCAAAGUCAAAACGAGUCACUGACGGAACUCAUAAUAGCAGCUUUCCUAGUAAUCUCUUCUUGUGGGGCGAACAAGCUCGCAAUCGCUGCUUCUGGGGCUAUCUCUGUUCUUGUUAAGAUCCUCGGAGGAGAAUAUGAUGACACAGACGGCAUUAGCAUGCGGGCCAAACUUGACGCUGUAGCAACUCUUCACAAUCUCUCAAGUUGCCAUCAGAUUAUUCCAUCAAUAGUUUCCUCUGGUAUAGUUUUUACCUUGCUUCAACUUAUUCACAGCUACGAAAAGUCCUCGGAGUUGGUUGACAAGGCAAUGGCACUUCUUGAAGAUAUCACUGCUUCGUCAGAGAAUGCACUGGCUCAAACUUCUGGUGCAGGAGAUGCAAUUCGGGCAUUCGUAGAAACAAUUGAAGAGGGUACUCCCCAAUGCAAAGAGCAUGCAGUGGGAAUUCUCCUCCUCAUCUGCCAGAGCUGCAGAGAUAAGUACAGAGGGCUGAUUUUAAGGGAAGGGGUGAUUCCAGGGCUGCUUCAGUUGAGUGUGGAUGGAACAUGGAGGGCUAAGGAGAAAGCUAAACAGCUAUUGCUGCUUUUGAGGGACUGUACAAGUUAUCGGUCAAGAGCUAAACAAUCAAAGCAUGAGCUUGUAGAGCAGAUUAUGCAAGAAAUUGAUGCAGAGGGAGAGAAAGUAAUGGGAACAAAAGCACUUAGGCUAGUAGAAGAUAUGAUUGCAAAGCUCAGUACAUGAUAUGUAAUUGAUGUUUUAUACAUUGUUAGAGUUUUGAUUUAGGUGUGCCUAGUUGUAGGGAGAUUGGGAAUUCUGUGUAUAUAUUUGGGGCAUCGACUGGCUCAUGAACCAAGCGCUUUACUAUUACUUUCUAUGUGGCAAAAUAUUUUAUUGCUGCCUUCUUCCAAUAUUUGAACUU